AAGGAGGAUUAGCGGAGGCGGUGCUACUGAAGGGGAGGAGGCUACCGAGAGAGCGUUAAAUCUGGAUGUCAAGCGGGAGUUGCUCUGCUUUGCAGUUGCCUUCUCCUUUUCUUGCACUUGAUGCAAGAAUGGCUCUGCUGGGACUUUUACGCAACUGAUGUCCAGCGGGAGGGUUGAAAGAUUUCCGCCCUGAGCGUCGAGCGUUUGGGGAAGUUUGUUCUCAAAGCAGACUGCAGACUCUCCACCGCUAGCAGUUUUGACAUCGGGCGCGAUUUGCAAGGGCUUGACCACCAUUUACCCCAGAAACUGAUAGCGAGUGAGUUAUGCUUCUGCUGAGCAGCGAUUUAAACUUUUUGAAUCCGAACGCAUUCUUUUGCGCCAGAUUUCUCUUUAUUUUUCCCUGACUUCACACUCAACGGCUUCAUGGCACCCCAGAAGAAGCUACAAGGCUUGGUGGCAGCCACCAUCACUCCGAUGACUCAAAAUGGAGAAAUCAAUCUGUCUGUGAUCGGCCAGUAUGUGGACUAUCUGAUAAAUGAGCAAGAUGUGAAGAGUGUUUUUGUAAACGGGACAACAGGAGAAGGCCUGUCUCUGAGUGUUCAGGAGAGGAAACUGCUGGCAGAGGAAUGGGUGGCAAAGGGGAAGGAUAAGCUGGAUCAUGUCAUCAUUCAUGUGGGAGCACUGAGUUUACCAGAAUCAAAGGGACUGGCAAAGCAUGCCGCCAAAAUAGGAGCAGAUGGCAUAGCUAUCAUUGCCCCAUUCUUCUUCAAACAGCUGAACAAAGAUGGGCUUGUUGCCUUCUUGCGUGAUGUUGCCUCUGAAGCUCCUGGAAUCCCGUUUUAUUAUUACCAUAUUCCUCCUCUAACUGGAAUAAAGAUGCGUGUUGAAGAGUUACUAGAUGGGAUGAAAGAACAGAUCCCCACCUUUCAGGGGGUAAAGUUCAGUGACACAGACCUCCUCGACUUUGGACGGUGUGUCAAGAAAAAUGAACAAGGUCACUUGGUGCUUCUUUACGGUGUGGAUGAGCAACUCUUGAGCGCGCUGACAAUGGGAGCAACUGGGGCAGUUGGCAGCACAUAUAACUACUUGGGCAGGGCAAGUAACUUAAUACUGGAAGCUUUUGGCAGAGGAGAUCUCUUAGCACAGAAAUAUCAGUUCUGUAUUCAGGAAUUCCUCAGCUUUGUAAUUGCACAAGGCUUCGGUGUUGCACAGACCAAAGCAGUUAUGACCUUGGUUUCAGGGAUACCAAUGGGGCCCCCACGGCUUCCGCUGUCCAGUGCCUCUGAGGAAUUUAUUGCCAAUGUAAAAACCAAGCUGGAGAGCCUGAAGAACUGCCCAUAUAGUUAACAUCAGGGUAGUGACAGAAGCGUGGUCUAUGUGACUCAGCCUCCAGCAUGGUUUGAAAUGUCACUGACUGAACUUUCAUGAAGGAUUUGGUUCCUGUUCUGGCCAACCUAAUGUACAUCUGGCCAUCCUCAUUUACAUCUUUUUAAUAUCGACUAGGAUUAACCCUGCAACAGAAAUUUUCUUGCCAAUCAGGGUUGAGACAGUUAUUUGACAAAGAAACUAGCUCCUUCUAGCUCAAAUCCUAGCAUUCUUCCACAAGAUUAGAAAGGGGGAAUGUGGUGCAGUUUGACCAGUUACGUACUUCUGGCCAUUUUAUCUGAAGAUGUUGGGCAAUAUGAAUAUAAUUAAAUUUGGUAGGUCUUAAUCUUGCUUUGUAUUCACGAAGCUCUUAAAUUCUAGAAGCACCAAUAAAAAUGGACAUUUGUAGCUGAAUUUGCAAGAUAUGUCUGAAUGUUUUAGUUUCCAAAUGUAGCAACAGUUGCCAUGGCUAAUAAAUGUUAACUGCUGAUUUAAAGUGUGAGUUGAGGGUAGGCCUAGUGGGGAAAUGCUUUUAUUUGUAGGUCAUCACCCUACAAAUAAGGGAGGAGAAACCAAAUGCUUUCUAAGUCACACUCACCAUUGGGCUUCAGACAUGCAGAUAUAGCCAGUUAAGACUUUCUGCUAAUAAUUGACCUUUCCAGGCAGGUAUGGAAUAGAGACUUGGAGGACUAAAAUGCCAGCAAGGAGGGUUUUUUUCCUGGAGCCCUCAGGAAAAGCCUUUCUGACCUGCCCUGGGGGUGGGCAAAGGGAAAUAAUAAAAUCUCCUGGAACAAAGAGGAAGGUCUCUUUUGCUGACUUCACCCGAAGGAAGAAAAAUCACACCCUUGAUUCUACAGGCAGCCACUGGCCAUGUGGAGGGCUUAGAGGCCUGAGAGAGAGUUAGACACACUUAUAACAGUGUUUAUAACAGGGAGGCUCACUUUUGCAUUGGAUUAUACGCCUCUGGCAAAAGGCAUCCGACAGGUGGCGUUAAAAUACUGGCCGUUAGUACAAGAUCUCCCAGGUUGCGACAACACCCCUACGAUUGCAUUUUGCAGAACCUGUUGUACUAUUCACUUUGAAUUAUUUAUUGAUUGUAUUAAACCUUGGUAUUACUGUUUCUUUAAUUGAUUUAGUCAGUCGGUCACGGUUUUGUUCAUUUGAUGCAUGUUACUCCGUGACUCACUCUCUCUUUUUACUGGCCAUGUGGAGGGCUUAGAGGCCUGAGAGACAGAGAGUUAGACACACUUAUAACAGUGUCCUUUGCUUCUGUUUCAGGUGGAAUUCUCUGGUUUUACGUUGGUUCUGUUUGCAUUGGGAGGUUUUUGAUCAUUGGGUUGCUAUAGAGUGUUUGGCUAAGGAUUCCUGUGUCCUGGAGAAAGACUUGGGUUUCCUCCCCGCCCAUAGGAAACAAUGGGGAGUGGCUAGUGGGAGUUUGUUCAGGGGCAUGUAGGACUUGAUCUUUUGGUACAAUUCUCUUAAAAGUCUGGGGGGUGGGGCUUUAGUGGACAGGCAGUAUUAGGUUCCCUGAAAUUUUGGUGUAGUUUGCUUGAAAAAUGGCCCUCCAACCCUCCAGAUUUUCUGAUAGGGACAAUGGAGUCAAAUAUAUUUGGGAUUCUGAAUCAAAUCUGAAUACUAUAUUGGUAUUUCUGGACCCGAAUAUUGGGAAUACUUAAUAUAUAUGGUAUUCUGGAUACCCAAAUCUGAAUAAUACCAUUUUUUUCAGUGUACACUCCUAAUUACAUCUAGUUAGGGCAUGAGUAAGAAUGAAGGAAAGAGGAAUUGCGUUUUUACAAAUUUGUUUUGAGAUCCCUUGAUCACUUUGGUGCUGUGCUUAAAAGUAUGAGUGUGAAUAUUUUCUUCCUUUUAUAAUAAAUGUUUUUAAUUCUUCA